CGUCCGAUCGAAUGGUGGUGCUGGGAAAGAUGUGCCAAGAGGGAGUGAGCAUGGGAUUCGUCGGUGGGUCUCAUCCCCAUCAUCCUCAUCCUCAUUCGCAGCCGAUGAAGAAGGAAGAAAACGAGCACAUCAAGAGGCCGAUGAACGCCUUCAUGGUCUGGUCUCGGCUCCAACGGCGCAAGAUCGCUCAGGAAAACCCGAAGAUGCACAACUCGGAGAUCUCCAAACGACUCGGUGCGGAAUGGAAGCGACUGAGCGAAUCGGAGAAGCGACCUUUCAUCGACGAAGCGAAGAGGAUCCGAGCCCAGCAUUUGAUCGAUCACCCGGAUUACAAGUAUCGGCCGCGAAGGAAGAACAAGCCCCCCAAGGCUCCUUAUCCAAUCCCCUAUCCUCCCAUCGAUCCCGCCGGAUUGGCAUCGAUGGCGUCGUACGCAGCAGGAGGUUACGCCGCAGCGAUGGCAGCCGCCUACGUCUCCACCGCCCAUCCUUAUUACCACCACCACCCACCCGGUGGACAAGUCGGUCGAUCGGUCGCAGGGGGAAGCAGCGAGAACAAAGGGGAGGAAAAUAAGGGGAUUCCGACCGCGACCGCCACCCCCGCCUCCAUGUUCUACCCGGGGAUGCCUGCUGGGUAUUACCUCUCCCAAGGAUCGCAAGACACCGGCGGAGAUCCUCACAAGGGUUACCAAGGUGCAUUCCAACCCACCGGAUCCUGGCCCGGCAUGCAUGCCUACCCCGGGUUCCCCACCAAAUUCCCUCAGGACAAGACCGCGGUGAAUCCCAACAAUCUGAGCCCUCUCUCGCUCCUCUGA